UAACAAAAACGCAUGUAGCGCUGCAUUUUCUCAGCUAAAACCUUUUCUCUCUCAAAAUAAAAAAUCUAAAGGAUAAACAAACCCUAGAAAACGUGAAGAAGUUAACUAUUGAGAUCCAUCGUCUAUGUUCUUUAGUCUCAUCGCUCUAGAUUCAUUCAUUCCACUCUUACUUCAAUCACAACUCUAAGGUAUAUCCAAAUGUCUAAUUCAGAGGAUGAGAUCAUGAUUCCGCCGCCGCCGACGAAGAAAGUUAAGCUCAGCAGCGAGUGUGAAAAUGAAGAUAGACUCAGUGACUUGCCCGAAAGUGUUAUCCUUCACAUUCUCUCCUUUCUGAACACCAAAGACGCUGUUCAAACUUGUGUUUUAUCCCCAAUAUAUAAGGAUCUUUGGAAACGUCUUCCUGCUCUUACAUUGCAUAAUAGAGACUUUCGUACUUUCAAGAUAUUCACCACAUUCGUGUCUAAGAUUUUAUCUCUUCGUGAUUCCUCUAUCUCACUUCAGUCUCUUGAUUUUCAGCGUCAUAAUGGCCGCUUUGAGCCUCAACUUAAAAAGAUUGUGAAUUACGCUAUUUCACACAAUGUCCAGCAGUUACAACUUUGUGUCACUUGUGACAUUGCGCAAAUUCCUCAUAGCUUAUUUUCAUUUCAGCCUUUAACACAUCUUGAGCUUUCUAUUGUGCAACGUGAUAAACAUAGUGAAACAGAGUUCCCAAACUCAUUCAGUUUGCCUGCAUUAACACAUCUAAAGCUGUCUGCUGCGCAAUGGGAUAGAAAUCGUAAAAGACAGUUCCUAAACUCUCUUAGUUUGCCUGCAUUAACACAUCUAAUGCUUUCUGGUUAUUCAAAUCAUGAAAAUCUGUUUCCGGAUUCUCUUGAUUUACCGGCAUUAACUAGCUUGCAACUAGAGCACUUUACGUUUUGUGUCAGUGGUAACAAUUGCGCUGAACCAUUUUCUACCUUUAGUAGGUUGAGUAGUUUGCUCAUUUCUGAUUGUACCGUGAAAGGUAAAGAAAACCUCCGCAUAUCAAGUGUGACGCUUGUCAAUUUUACCACAUACAAUUUCUCAGAAGACUAUUACAAGAUUGAGCUAUGUACUCCAAGUCUUUGUACGUUUACUUUUAAUGGUAUUCCUUAUCAGAGAAUCAUUGGGAGCAAUAUUUCUUCUCUUAAACAUGUAGAUAUUCAUGCAGAAGUAAAUUCAGAUACUGAGGCACCUCCUCUUUUUCUAUACAGCUGGCUGUUAGAGUUUGCUGAUAUAAAGUCAUUGACACUCACUGCAACUGCUCUUCAGGUUCUCUACUUAUUUCCUGAUCUGUUAAAGCAUAAACACCAUUCCUUGGGUAAGUUGAAGUCACUGAAAGUGGAAAUUGAUGAAAUUUUGUAUGGAGUUCGCUUGACACUAUGCGAGUUCAAGUUAAAGACAGUGAAGUCAAAGAAAGAAGCUGCCAGGAUAAAAAAAGCAUAUGCAUCAGGAUCGGAACCGUCUCCAACAGUACCUGAUGGGAUAGUGGACUUCUUGCGUCAAAAUUCGCCCUCGGCAGAAGUUGACUUCGUAGAUUGCACAAGAAAACCUGUUAGACCAAGACAUUUAUAAUUGGCCCUAUUUGAUCUACAGGAACCUGGUUGUUAUAGUCCUUCAGAGUUCAGAUGCAAUGCAAGUAUGGACACACAUAUUUGGUAAAUUUUAUUAGAAGAUAUCAAGUGAUCCAUUAUGUUGGGGGUCAUAGAGAAUGGUCCCUUUGUCGGAUAUUAUUCAUGUCGCUCUUGAAGCAAUGCUACAAAGCAGCUGGGAAAGCUGUGUAACGAAUGGUAGUUCAGGCCUAACAAUAUUUAGAGUGCCGAAUUUUGUUUAUGUAUCAUAUGCAUGUGUUAUUUGAUGAUCUACCUUGAGUUUUUGGGUUGUUCAGUGAGAUCGAAGUCUCGCUGCAUGAAUUGUAUUGAUAAAACCUUGGUGAUUGAUAGUAUUGUAAAGGAUGGAUGCUAAUUUGAAUAUUUGUUUUGCGGGCUAUUUUGAAGAACAGUUUUGUAGUUC